ACUGUCAAACAAUGAAUGGUGACCGAAACUCACCCCCAUCAAUUUGACAAAGAGAGGCACCGGCCGAGCGGAGAUUCCUUUGGUGGCGAACUUAACCCUGGAAGUCGUCUUCUUCAAUCACAGAGGAAACUCCUCUUCUCCUCUGAGUAUAAUAAUCCAGAAAAAUGCUUUUCCACAGAAUAGCUGAGGUUGAGCCUCCGAGUCCGUUGAGGUACCUAAUAGGAGCGGCGAUCAUGAUGAUCGGAGUUGUGUUACCCGUCGGUUAUAUGAUGUUCCGUAACAAGCGGGUCCCCUCCGCUUCCUCGUACCCCAAACAGACGUAGAGCAAAGUUUUGAUGUAGAGUAGUGAAAUUGCAAAGACGGAAUUUUAAAUAAUAAUCAAUUAGUUGUGAAGUCUAAAGAAGACGGGAAAGGAGACCUUGAUGGAUCUGCAAAUCUGAAUGUACAUGUAUUGGGACUCCAUUGUGUUAUAUUGUUUUUCUGGGAUUAUAAUUCUGGUUAAUUGAACGAAGCGCAUCUGCUCUGAUUCAGUUCUUCUCAUUGUUUGUUUUCAUCAUGUAGCUUCAUUGGUGUCUAUUGUUUAUGCUUGCCUUUCUUUUCUGGAAUAUACAUUGUGGUUUUUCAUUCUCUUCUUUUUUGUAAUUUUUGAAUGGGUUGUCCGAUAGCUCUUGUUCAUUCUUAAAGAAUUUAUGAUUUUGCUUCUUA